CGAACCUGCAUGCCGAUCUGCACAACCUGCACGACUACCCUCCCAUUUCUCUAUACCAUAUACGAAUCGGAGCAUAAUCUCCGUCUAGAGCAAUGUCGUAAAUGUGCACAACUCCAACGAGACCAACCUCUGGAAAAUAAGAGCCAAUCUUGCUUUGCUGAUCCUUACGUCGAGCACGACUCCUUGAUGCUACUUCUGGAUCUCAUGCUCCUCAAACGCGCAGUUUUCAGGCAUUUGCUCUACAAUCGUGGAACAGAGCCUCGCCGAUCUAUAGCCGGCGUUCUGGUAGACCCACCCCCAGACUCAUGGAAUAAACGCGAGCUGACGCGCUGGUUCACUAUUCUUCGUUUUGGUGGGCCUUUGGUGUGCAUUGACGCUUUUAUCAGAUGGAGCUAUUUAAACCCACAUCAACCCAGCGACAUCUCACCAUGGACACCGCAAACCAUCAAUACACUCUUUCGAACUCUGGUCGGAGUCUCGAUCGGUAACCCAUCCAUCCGUGAAUUUUCGAAUACCGCCAAUAUCUCCUUAGAAACCAUUGCAUUUCAUGGUGCAGUCAUCGUGGGCUGCUUCCUAGUUCUCGGACUCGCCGACAAAUUGAGGCAUGCUCCGAUAUCUGACUCGGACAUCCGACGAGAAUUUCGCUUCUCGCUCAUCCCGCUCACACUUUUUUACUCUUCCUUGACAAAACUUUUUCUCUUAUUCCUACUCACUAUUUGGCGGCCUUCUUCGGAGCCUGUGCCACUCCCUUUCGAUGUUCAGCUGUUCAAGGAUGAAAAUAUUGAUCGCGAAUGGGUUGUCCGCAAUGUGUUAGGUGGCAUGUCAGCGGGCUUUGGUCUCAGAGUCAUUCUGGAUACUCACCCUCUUUUCACGACAACGAUUAUCAUUGCGGGAUGGAUGGCCAAAACAGCUGUUUCACAAUUGUAUACCCUAAACGGUGAAUUGGCUCGACUUGCUUUACUUGCUCGUCUGACAUUCUCGGCAAUCUCUCGGUCCGAGCUGUCAAUGGGCCAUCAUGAUCUACCCCAAGGAAAUUGUGAUCGGCUUGGAAACUUGUCCCCAACCGCAACUGUUCCACAACUCUUGCCAGGUAUGCCGGAGGCAACUGUUGAGCAAGCAGUAUACACCUCACUGGGUCCGCAUGCAUUCAUAUACCGACCGACGGACUCGCAGUUGAGCUAUGACCAGGAAGCUAUUGAUGGUGAUCCAACGGUCAUAAUCUUAUUCGGCUGGAUGGCGGCGAAACGGGCCCACUUGCUGAAAUACACCGAAGCAUACCGAAAAUUAUAUCCUGCAGCCACGAUUAUCGUGGUUAGAAGCCAUAUUUCAUUCUUCUCUGCUUCUUGGGCGAAACUGGCCGAAAGAUUUAAUCCUGUGCUCGAUGUUUUGAAAGCGUUGGGAUGCUUCCAAGGUCGUCAGCGCAUCCUGACACACUCGUUUUCCAACGGUCUUGCUUUCGUUCUCCAAGUGUUCACUCUCAUAAACUCGACAGGUGGCUCGUUCCAUAUGAUGGCCUUCAAUCGGCUACUAGCCUCGCAGCCCAAGCUUACUGGUUCGACGCCAGUACCUGCAACCGCGCUCAUCAUCGACUCUUCUCCCGGCGGCUUUAGCAUUCCGCACAUCGCUCUUGCUAUGGUCAGUCCGAUCCAGAACAAAAUUAUGCGAUUGUUUGCGCGAAUCAUUUCGAUUGUCUACCUCUUUCUCGUUUUCCUCGUACGCGGAGUUGUUCUUCGGCAAGCCCAUCCAUUCCAACAAAUGUUGACGAUGCUCCGGAGGCCGAGCCUCUUACCAUGGCUGGACGUCAACGGGCAGACGCCGCGGUUAUAUUUCUAUUCGAAGCGGGACGCAAUGGUUCCGUGGAAAGAGGUCGAGCAACACAUCAACGAGUGCGAACAAGAUAGGCUGAAUGUCAGGAAGGUUAGGUUUGAAGACAGUCCGCAUGUUGCCCAUGCCAGAAUGUAUCCAGACGAAUAUUGGUCGGCAGUAAAGCAGCUGUGGGUGGACGCACAGGGCAGCGUAAAAAGUCUUUAA